CAACUCUCUUUGCUGCUCUGCUGAAAGUGUCCGUGAGCACAUCAUUCGACUGUCGUACAUCAACUGACUGGCUACAACAACUGGUUACGAAUUGUGAACAUUAAUUGUGAACAUUAAACAUUUCAACAAUAGGCUAUUUCAACAGAGUCCGAGUGAAAUAGUUGUAUAUAACGACGAUGAGAAGUGUUUGUGGCUCUUCCUCAUAACGUACGUCCAUUAUGUAUAUCACAACACGAACUCUGAACACCGGAAGUAGUCGACUGUUUGGCUGUUAAGGAAGUCGGAGCAUGGUGCUAUGUUUAUAGGUAUCACAAUACUGCUUCCAUUGAUGUCAUGAUAAUUGGGUCAGAAUGACAUUUGAUUAAAGCAAAUAUUUGAACCUAAAUUUGCACAGCAGUGAAUGCCUUUAUGUCCUGUUGAAGGGAGUGGGACGUAAACAGUUUUAGUCCAAGAACAAACCCAGCCCCAGUUGAGGAAGAUUCCCCUCCCAAGAUGUCUGACAUUAUGUUAAACCUGGACUGUUCGGGCAGCAGUGGACCCUGUAAGGACUCAUCGGGAAGGAACACACACAAGGCAUUCAUCAACAGGCGGCGACUCUUGGAGAAAAGGGGUUACCUCAACAAAAAGCAGAACCAGCACAAUCACAGACAGGGGAAUACACAUCAGGGCCCACCUCACUGGCACAAUGGGGCCAAUCGGCCGUCUCAACCCAAUGCUGCACACAACAAAAGCAUUGCUCACACGCAGAAUACUCACAGUAAAAGUUCAUAUCACAUACCCAGGUCAGAUCAUGCUAGAAGCGUUGCUUCCAAGCCUGCAUCAUCCACAAGCAGCUCAACAUCGUUGACCAUAACUGUGGAGAAUUCCACCAAUCCUGAGCAAUCCACUUCGACUAUCACCCCGGGGCACCAACCCCCACCCACCAGGACUGUUGCUCGCUAUGCCUCUGUCCCAAGUAGGUCGGCCCCCCUUUGUAACCCCCUGAAGUACCUUGCCUUGGACUGUGAGAUGGUCGGCACGGGCCCCAAGGGUCGCAACAGUGAGCUGGCACGAUGCAGUAUUGUCUCCUAUGACGGAGACGUGGUGUAUGACAGGUACAUCAAGCCCACCAACGCAGUCACUGACUACCGGACUCGUUGGAGUGGCAUCUCCUGGCAUCAAUUGGUCAAAGCCAUGCCAUUUCAACAUGCCAGGAAGGAGAUACUGAAGAUCCUUGCAGGAAAGGUGGUGAUAGGGCAUGCUGUCCACAAUGACUUCAAGUCCCUGAGUUACAGUCACCCUGCUGUCUUAACGCGGGACACAUCCCGCAUUCCUCUCCUCAACCAGAAGGCUGGCUUUCCAGAGAAAGAUGUUGCCUCACUGAAAAGACUCACCAAGGCCCUGUUCAACCGCAACAUCCAGACUGGGAAGAAGGGGCACUCGUCCGUGGAGGACGCCAAAGCCACCAUGGAACUGUACAAAGUUGUGGAGGUGGAGUGGGAGAGGACCUUAGCCUCCAAAUAGAAAAAAAGCCAGUGAAAGACAGUAUGGACUGAACUGGUGAAAGGGUUGAGUGAUGGUAUGGACGUAUCAUGUUUAACAUAAUUUUAACAUUCAGAAAUCACUAUCAGGUCUUCCACUUCUCACCUCAGCCACUUCUGUCUGUUUUUCUAAUUCUGUAAAAAAAAAAAAAAAAAACAGUUGCCUUCAGGGUUGCAGUAGUUUAUUUUAUGCUGGAUGACCUAUGGCACAAGAUGGCAGUCCUCUGCCACAAUGUUGCAGUCUAUUUUCUUGGUUUUUAUUCAUUAAUUCCUAAUACAGUACUGUGAUGUUUUGCUUUGAAUUGUCUAGAGUUAUUUGUUCAGACAUUUCUAUUUUAUAUAUUCAAUUGUUAACAUACAGUAUCUCAGUACCUCAUGUACAUGUUCAUUUUGCCGGGUGAAAGUUAAAUUAAUUUGAAUACAACUGCAGUAUAAUGAACAAAUUGGUUUUAAAUCAUUAUUGUAAUGGCAAACAUGGCAAAAAAAAUAAAAAAUUACAAUUUCAAACUU